AUGGCGACUCAAACGGAAGCUCUGGUUUUGCCGUCAAUUCCACAGCCGGCGCUCGAGUCCGGAAGCGACACUCAAUCGCCCAGCACCGACAGUGUCUCUCAAUGUUCCGAUAGCGAACAUGUCCGACCUGCCUCGCGCUUCCGGAAGGCGGCUGUGACCUUCCAGCUCUCUGGUGUCAAUUUUGCUUCAAGCGCUGCCAACAGUAUCAUCGUUGUCGGUCUCCCUCGAAUAACAGAAGACCUCAAUUUGCCCCAGUCACUUGCAUUUUGGCCAUCUUCUGUUCCUGGGCUAGCAACAGCAUCUACGCUGCUUCUUGCUGGUGCUGUUGCUGAUGUUUUGGGUCCACGAUCAGUUGACUUGCUUGGAUGUACCGCCAACGGCGCCUUCAUGCUUGCAUGUGCAUUUAUCAAAAAAGGCGAGGAAUUAGUUGUCCUGAGAGCACUGCAAGGUGUUGCCCUGGCUCUGCACUUGUCCAGCUCUGUAUCCCUCGUCACCAAGAUUUUACCUCGAGGUCGGGGACGCAACCUUGCUUUUGCUUGCCUCGGGCUGAGUCAACCGCUCGGCUUCUCAGUUGGCCUUGUUAUUGGAGGUAUUCUGGUUGACACGAUUGGAUGGCGGUCGGCAUGGUAUCUCUAUGGAGGCAUCACUCUACUACUUUCAGUUAUCGGCUUUUGGUCCUUACCUAAACCUGCUCCACUCGGGACUCUUCAGGACAUUGUGCAUAGCUUGAAGACAAAGGUUGACUGGGUCGGUGCUUUGCUCGCCUCAGCCUUUAUGGCCCUGAUUUCGUACUUCCUCGCCAUCAUCAGCACGGAUGUUUACCACAUCAAAGAGCCCGGCACCAUCGUUAUCCUCUGCCUUGGGGUUUUGGCUUUGCCGUUGUUCAUCGGCUGGAUGCAUCGCCAGCACAAUUUAGACCUACCGGUUCUCAUCCCUAACUCGUUUUGGGACAACUCUGCAUUUGUUAGCAUCUGCGCCACCAUUGCCUUAUCCUUUGGAGUAUUGACCUCGCUAGAACUCUUUGCCAGUCUCUUCUUCCAAGAAAUCCAGCAUCUAUCGGCCCUCCAAACCGCGAUCCGCAUUCUCCCAAGCAUGGUGGUUGGGGUGAUUCUCAACUUCUCCACGGGCCUCUUUGUGCAUAAGGUUCCAGCACUCUGGCUCGUCGUCGUAACCUCCCUCCUUUCUGCUGGCUCUCCCUUACUCAUGGCAACCAUCCAGCCGAGCUGGUCUUACUGGGCCAGCGCAUUCUUUGCCCAAUUAUUUAUGCCAUUUUCCGUCGAUGUGCUCUUUACCGUAGGUCUAAUUAUCAUCACCAACAUAUUCCCUGAGGAUAAGCAGUCCGUCGCUGGGGCUGUAUUUAAUACUGCAGCCCAGUUUGGAAACGCCUUUGGCUUGGCCGUUAUGCAAGUCGUUUCUUCGCUAGUGUCCAAAGAUCAUGGUGGGAUAAAGCCUCCUGAGGUUCUCAUGAAGGGAUACCGGGCAAGUUUCUGGACCAUGUUUGCCUUUAUGAUGGCAUGUGUUAUCAUUGCUGGAGCUGGGCUGCGAAAGAUAGGCAAGAUCGGAUUAAAGCAGGAUUAA